CCAGCUGUGACACAGUGCUCGCUCUCUCUCCCUUUCUCUCACUCUCUCGUUCUCUCACUCUCUCUCUUUCUCCCUCUCUCUCCCUCUCUCUCUCUCUCUCUCUCUCUCUCUCUCUCUCUCUAUCUCUCUCCCACUCUGGCUCCGAUAGAAACUAGAGCACUACAUCAUCAUCAUCAUAAUCGUCCUCUCCUCUAGACGCAUCAAAGUUCACGUCGCACCAAAACACAGGUGCUUUGCAGCGCGAGACCGUCGACAACCGGGUUAAAAAAGACUGUCCCAUUUAACCGAUCUGAUCUGAAACCUUUUUACAUCCACAGUUGUUGUUUUUAUUAAUGUGAGUAGAUACGGUCGUUAUCAUGUCUGACUGCAGGAGGCAGUGGAACCGGGAGAACGAGCUGCCGGUCUACCUGGCAGGAACGGUUACAACCGGGCCGAACCAACGGAAAUCCUACGGGAUGUUUUCCUCAGCGGAUGGCGCCUGCGACAGUAAGACUGUAGACUGUGAUAACUUUCCCGCGGGAAGGAGAGGAACCAGGAAUCCCAGGAGCGUCAGCCGGGACAGACUCCUCGACCACUCUGACGGCGACGUUCCUGAGACGGCUAGUGAGGCCAGUGAGGUCCGGGGGUUCGGUUCUCAGGUCAGCUCACCCGGAGAGAGAGAGGAUGUGAGGCCGGGGGUGGAGAUUGAGUACCAGGCAGGGAGGCAGUGUCACUCCGGUCAGAAGAAUGGAAAGAGUGAGAGGUUGCUGAUUAAAGGGGGUCGUGUGGUGAAUGACGACAUGUCUCAGUAUGCAGACGUCUAUGUGGAAGAUGGCCUUAUAAAACAGGUGGGUGAUAACCUGGAGGUACCUGAUGAUGUGAGGGUGCUGGAGGUUAAUGGAGGUCUGGUGAUACCUGGAGGUAUAGAUGUGAACACCUGUCUGAUGAAGCCUCACCUGGGUUGUCCACCUGUAGACGACUUCUACCUGGGCAGCAGGGCGGCGCUGGCUGGGGGCACCACCAUGAUCAUUGACCAUGUGACUCCUCAGCUGGGUGACAGCCUGCUGGAAGCGUUUGAGCGCUGGCAGGAGUCAGCUGACAGGAAGUGUUGCUGUGACUACUCGCUGCACGUCGACCUGCCGCACUGGCACCAGGGGGUCAAGGAUGAGCUGGAGGUUCUGGUGCAGGAGAAAGGUAUCAACUCAUUCCAGGUGUAUAUGUCCUAUAAGGAUUCGUUUCAGAUGACUGACUCUCAGUUGUAUGAGGUGUUCUCCUUCCUGAAGGAGUUGGGGGCUGUGGUGAUGCUGCAUGCUGAGAACGGAGACCUCAUUGCUCAGGAACAGAGUAAGGUCCUCAGCAUGGGAAUCACUGGACCAGAGGGACACUCCCUGAGCCACCCUGAAGAGGGCUGCAAUCCCGUUAAUGGGAUCGAUAUGACAAGAGCCAGUGAAAGUUCACGGCGCCAAAUUCAAACAACAGAAAUCUCAUAAUUAAAAUUCCUCAAACAUACAAGUAUCUUAUACUGUUUUAAAGGUAAUUUUGUUGUUAAUCCCACCACAGUGUCCGAUUUCAAAAAGGCUUUACAGCGAAAGCACCAUAAACGAUUAUGUUAGGUCACCGCCAAAUCACAGAAAAACACAACCAUUUUUCCAGCCAAAGACAGGAGUCACAAAAAGCAGAAAUAGAGAUAAAAUUAAUCACUAACCUUUGAUGAUUUUCAUCAGAUGACAUUCAUAGGACUUCAUGUUACACAAUACAUGUAUGUUUUGUUCGGUAAAGUUCAUAUUUAUAUA